AUGCAGACACAGGGAAGGCUAGAUGACCUAUCGGAGGACUCGCUGUCCGAUGCCAAGCUCGGCUGGGGAUCCAGGAAGCUCCUGGGGCUCAUCAACGUGUCGGAGUCGGCCCUCCCCUUGCGGGUGGCGCCGUUGCUCAGUGACAGUUCCGCGGCCAUUUGCAGCGCUGGCGCUCCCGCUACUUCGGGGAACUUCUGCGGGGCGCACCUGCUGGACCUUCCUGCCUCCGAGAUGCGCGUCAACUGGAAGCGGCGACGGCGACGGAGACAGGCAAACGUUGGCACCCUGCCGGAUGCGCAUUCCCAGACGGCAGUGAACGCGCAGACGGUCAACCACUCGCCAUUCUGCAGCCCUGCCAAGCGGCUGAGCCUGGGUAGUGGAGUAGCAUGCAUCCUGGGCAAGUCUCUGGGAGUGCGCCGGACCAACUUUGGGCACGCCACCUACCAGUACCUCUGCCCGAUCCCGGCCGUCUCCUGGCAGCUGGAACGCCAGGGCUGCUCAGUGGCUUUUCCAAGCCUGCUUGACGCGCCAGGCGAGGCAGCAUCGAGACACUCCUCCGGUGGCGCUCGCUUCGUGCCCGGACCGGACCUCGUGUACACCAUUCCAGCGUCGGUUUUGUGCUUUGAUGAGAGGAUGGGGGACAGGGGGAGGGCUUGGGGACAGCCUGUGAGGGAUCGCAACACGGCGCAGCGGCCCGGGGCUCAAGACUGGAGCCAGCUGGAGCCAUACGAGGAGGGGCGAGCCGGGGACCUGCCCACCGACGACAGGGCCCUCUUUGGCGACUUCGCAUCCCAGCUGCUUGAGGAUGCGGACCGACUGGCGCCUUCCCGCACCCAGCAGCAGGCCGGACAACAGCUGCGCCUUCGCGGCGCAGGCGAACACGCAUCAAACGACCCUCCAGCUGAGGUCGAGAUCUCUGGUCCUGAUGGGCCCAGGCAUGGCGCCCCCCCAUACAUAGGCAGGUCAUGCAGUAGCUCAGGGACUUCUUCGCUGCAGGAGGGUAACAGAUCUGCGGCUGACGCCUCGAUGGACGCGGGGGGGCCUUCAGGGGAGGCAGAGCCAAGUGAGGCAGCGCAAGGGGAGAUCAGUCAAGGGUCAGGGGUCAGGAAGAAAGGCAAAAAGCGGGGCAAGAAGAAGCUGCCGGUGCCAGAUCUGGACGCCAUCAAGGACCCCUCGGAGCGCCGGAGGCAACGCCGCCUCGUCAAGAACCGCAACACGGCCGCCGCCUCCAGGCAAAUGCCCUUAGUCUUGCAAGGCGAGCAAAAGCCCACCAAGCUGCGGCUGAGGGAGCGCAAACAGCGGGAGUUUGACGAGCUGAAAGCGCGCACAGACUUCCUGACAGAGGACAACGCCAGCCUGCAGCAGCAGCUCGCCUCGCGGAACGCCGAGAUCGCGCGGCUGCAGCGCGAAAUCUCCGGCCUGACCGGCCGUCCAGCCGCCUCUGCCGCCGCCGCCUCGGCGUCUGCCGCGGCGGGGGGCGCGUCCCCCCGCGAUGGCUAUAGCGGCGGCGGAGGCAGCCAGGGGGGCCCCUCCAGCGGCCAGGCGCUGCAGCGGCAGCGCGGCGGCGGCAGCGUCUCGUCGGCGGCCGGCGCGGAGUGGCCGCAGCCGGCCCUGACGGCCAGCGGCGUUGGGGGCGGGAGCGUUCCCGGCUAUACCAUGGGCGUGGAUGGCCAGUUCCUGCGGCUGCGUCCGGGGUAUCCGCUGCUGCCCCCGCCGGAGCACGAGGGAGCUCAAGGGAGUCAUGCAGAAGCCGGUGAGGAGGCGCAAGGAAGUGCGCAGCAAGACGGGCGAGGCCGGCCGGGUUUUCGCAGCACGCGCUCUGGACCUCCGUGA